AAGCAACAUAGUUGUAUGUGCUGCGUUGGGAACGUUAAAUUUCCUGCACGACGCGGCCAUUCACGAAUUCCACGCAGGGAAAAAGGGAGGAGGGCGAGAGGACUGAUAACUCUUCCAGGUUUCAUGCUGACGGGAUCGACUUCCUCUGGGACGAGCUUCCUGGUGAAAAACCGGCACGAGGAACGUCUGGAUCGAGCGCACGACUUCCUCGGGGUCGCUAAACGAGGCUCGGCAAUCGCUAUGAAAUGGAAACGGGAGUGGAAAAUUAGUCCGAUUGCGGUUCGCCGUUCACCGAUAUCCGUGGAAGUAACUAAGGUGUAGCCGUAACCGAUGAACGAAAGCGUGACAAUAUGCAGAGAGAGACUAAGGAAAGACACCGCAAUUGUUUCCCACAAUGGCAACGACGUGUAACGCGAUAAAUGA